CCUCUCUUCCUCUCUCUCUCUCUCUCUCUCUCUCUCUCUCUCUCUCCCUCUUCCUUCUUCCUCCGGCCUUGUCUGCAACUGUGAAUGUGAAGAUUUGUCCAUUCUUUCCUUUAGAUUGGCAAUGCCUUAAAUUUCUUGAUAAUCUCUUUCAUUCAAUUCGACAAAACCGACUUUCGGUCACUUUCUUACACUUUAAGAGUAUAUUCUCUUUCCCUCUUUCGCUCUCUUCAAAUGCUUCAAACUAGAGAGAAUUUCAAUGGCGCUUUCAGUCUGAAACAGAGCUCAAAUCCCAAAUUUUUAUUUUUUUCACUCUCUUUUUCCCUUUCUGUAGAUGGGAGAAGCGGUGGCAAUGAAGGAAAAGAUUGCGAAUGAGCCAGUGAGGUUAAGUUGUUCUGUUCAAAACUACGAUUGGGGCAGAAUCGGAGAGGAUUCAGAGGUUGCGAGGCUGUUUUCCUUGAAUUCUGGGUUGCAUAUUGAACCCAGUAAGCCUUAUGCCGAACUUUGGAUGGGAAGCCAUGAGUCAGGGCCGUCGUUUGUGGUGGAAAACGGUGAACCUGAUGGUGGUUCUUCUGGGUUUGAGUCGGUGAGUCUGAAGACUCUGAAGUUGUGGAUUUCGGAAAACCCUAGUGUUCUUGGUGAUAAGGUUGUGAAGAAGUGGGGAACUAAUCUUCCUUUCUUGUUCAAGGUGCUUUCAGUUGCAAAAGCAUUAUCUAUACAGGCACAUCCAGACAAGGAAUUGGCCAGGGCUUUGCAUAAAUCUAAACCAAAGCUCUACAGAGAUGAUAACCACAAGCCUGAGAUGGCUUUGGCUCUUACAGAGUUUGAGGCCUUGUGUGGAUUUGUCAGUAUUGAGGAGCUUAAAGAUGUGCUUCAUGAUGUUCCGGAGAUUAUAGAUCUGGUUGGUAAUGCUGACGCUGAUGAAGUUUUACACAUUAAUGAGAAAUAUGGGGAGAAGAGAGUAAAAUCCAUCCUGCGGUCAAUCUUCACCCAGUUGAUGACAGUAAGUGAGAAUGCUAUCUCAGAAGCUGUAUUCAAAAUGAAAAGACGUCUGAACAUGGAAAAUACGGUGAGACAUUUGACAGACAAGGAACAGCUGGUAUUAAGACUAGAGAAGCAAUAUUCGGGCGAUAUUGGUGUUAUGUCAGCCUUCUUUUUGAACUACGUGAAGCUUAAACCUGGUGAAGCACUGUACUUGGGGGCUAAUGAACCCCAUGCAUAUAUAUCUGGUGAAUGCAUUGAAUGCAUGGCAACCUCGGACAAUGUUGUGCGUGCUGGACUCACCCCAAAGUAUCGAGACGUCCAAACUCUGUGUUCCAUGCUUACAUACAAACAGGGCUUUCCUGGAAUUCUUCAAGGGGUUCGCUUGAAUCCAUAUACUAAAAGGUACCUCCCACCUUUUGAUGAAUUUGAGGUUGAUCAUUGCAUUCUUCCUCAAGGAACAUCUGCUAUACUUCCUGUAGCCCAAGGCCCAUCCCUUUUCCUGGUCACGGCGGGAGAGGGCACGAUGCGAACAGGCACAGGCUUAUCUGUAGAAAAGAUAGAAAAGAUUUCAGAAGGUUCUGUUCAUUUUAUGCCUGCGAACACCGAGAUCUCAGUGACCGCCAUAGGAGGAAUGCAACUUUAUAGGGCUGGGGUGAAUAGCAAGUUUCUUUCAGAGAAUUGAGUGGAAGAAAGUAGUACCAUUUCUUACAUAAAAUUGUAAGCAGCUUUGGUGCUUUACAUGUUUUAUACCCUAUAUACUUCAUUUUUUCAUUACUAGGUAUGUAUUUGUAUGAGCUAAGUUACGCUCCCUCAUGUAGUAUGAACACUGGAAAUAUAAAUAAUAGUGAUGAUAUGGUCAAAUUAAAGAAA